UACCUUGCCAGCAGACCUCCGGCUUCAAUUCAUCCUCUUUUAUCAUCUAUCCACCUGCUUCCUCCAUUAUUCUCAUUGGCUUUCCUGUGGCUAGAACCAAGGAGGCUUCUUGAUAGAUCUCUCAUUUCCCUCUUCUUUCUCAGAGUAUCUUCACCUUAAAUCCCCACCGUCAUAAUGUCUCUCCGCAUCGCUCCCCCCACCAACCACCGUACCCAAACCUCCAACACAACCACCCGCCAACAGAUCCCCAUCUCUCUCCCCUACCCAUCCAAAGGCGCCCCCUCCGCCCCAGGUCUCCCCGACACCCUCCGCAACAACAUCACCCUCCCCGCCCCUACCGGUCCCCCAUCCUCGAACGCCAACGCCGCAACAACCUCGGCACAUCCCCUUGAGGCCCGCCUCCACGCCUGGCGCAGCACCCAGGAUGCGAUGAAGAUGGAGUCUCUGCGCCGGGUGUACGGUAUCGCCGAGCCCGUGCGUCGUGGUAUGGAAUUGAAGCUUGUCCGAGAUGGCUCGUUCAGACCCGCUCUGCUGGGUGGCUCCCCCGGAGGAAAUGUGCAUGAGGAUAUCUUGACUCUCGGUGGUAGGGACACAGAGCUCGGGUGGGAGGAUGUUUUCCAAGGAGACGAGUUCAGGGAACCCCCCGCCUUCCACGAUGAAAUGGAGAAGAGAUUGCGGAUGGAAUGGUAAUUUAUUUCAUUUAUGUCAUGCCUUUCUUCAUACGACUUCACUGUUAUGCUUCAGUGGUUCUACACCCGAUAUCAGACGCAGAUACAACCUAGAGUGAUUUCCAAACUAGAAUCGACUCUCAUACUUUAUCGAGCUGCGUAACGGAUUCAUGAGUUGAUAUUUACGGAAUUGGAUGUA